AUGCCUAAACUCCCAGUGCUCCUCGUCUUUUGUGAGUCUCGGAGCCUCUUCAUCUUCAACCUCUUGAACAGAAGCACACCCCCAGAGGUAUUUUUCAACCAGCGUUUGCACCCAGGGUGUGAGCAACACAUAACUCUUUCAAAGUCCUUCACAACCUCCCUGCCCUCAGCCAAAUUUUCACUUCUACCAACAACCAGGCCUUUUCCAAGAAUGACACAGCCAAACACUCGUCCUAAAAAUGUGAACCAGCAUCCUGGUGAGAUUGUUCUCAAAACAAAACAGAAAAGACGUACUGCUCGUCAAAUCCAGGAAGACAACAACCGCAUCAAGCAUGAACAGCAAGAACAGGAAGCUGCAGCUCAGCGCAAUGCCAACCGUAUUGCUGCUAUUGAGGAUCAGAGGGCCUUGAAGGAUCUCAAAAUCAUUAUGGAUCCACCAAGGCCUCGGCCUCAGGCACGACCUGUGUCAAAGGUGAAGAAGCUGGUCAGUAUAGCUGAGGAAGAGGAUGUUGAGAUAAUGGAUGCUGUAGAUGAAGAUGACGUUCAGCCAGUGGAUGGCAAUCCUGAGGAGGUCCAGACUCACCAUAACAAUAUUGAGACUGACCACGUUAUGUCCAGCAGUGAGGAACUUGCAGAGGUGCAGCCAAGGAGGAAGCAUGUGCAGAAAAUGGCACACCGCGAGGCUGUCCAGGUCGUACGCCUUGUUGAUAAUGCUGGUGUCAAUCAAAAGAAGAAUCAGAGAGAUGUUGAGGCACGUGUUAUGUUGAUAGGUGACCAGAAAUGGAAGAAAGGAGCUGCAGCUGAUGUUGGUAUGGUAAAGAACGACUAUGCAGGCAUCAGAAAGACAAAGGAUUGGGCCGAGAAACUCACAACUAGCAAUGUCAGAGAGUCAGACACAUCAUUGCUGGAUGACGAUGAUUCGCUCGAGCAUGAGGCUACUCACAAUGCCAUUAAAAAGACUCAGACUGGUGACAGUGCUAGAUGCACGGCUUCAGAUGUGGUUAAAGUUAGUAGCUUGUCAUCUCCGCAUACCUCACGCCCAGCCAACAAUACUGAGGAGGCUGAGGACAAAGCACCCUCUGCACCUGUAGCAGGAAAAGGCAUCAAGCACCUCACCACUUCACACAACAACACCUGGCGUCGGGUAUUCAUACCCACUGUUGCGCACCGGGCUGGCAGAGACAUUGAGCCAUGGGGCCCUGAUGACCAUGAACUAAGGGACAUUAUGCAAGACAUCUGGAACCAUAUAUACAAGGGUAAGAUUGAGCAUGAAAUUUCCAGUUCUGGCGCUGUUUUGAAAGUAUUCGAAGACCAAACAGCGUCUCAUGGAAUGGCACAGUGUGGUGACAAGAAAUGGCUGGGCUGCUCAGGCUCAAAGAAAGAGAGUGGAGAAGGUACUCCAAGUCAAGUGUUUUUCGCACAGGACACUGUUUUCCUGGACCCGGAGGCUUGCAAGGAAUUUUCACAAGCCAUGCUGAAACAAAACCACUUUAUAUUCAGGGAUAAUGCUGGGCUUGCUCCCAAGGGUUGGACAGGUAUGUGGAGGGCCUCCUUCAUACUCCAGAUGUUUGCAUCGCACCUCAAUUUCACCCAUGGCCAUGUUGAAAUUCCCAACCUCCACACCAAGGGAAUUAGUGCACGGGCCGCCUUUACACUCGCUGUUACUGCAGUGUGCCGUAUUCUUCAGCUAGUCAGACAUUUGGACACUAUCAUUAAGAAGGGCAAGGAAUUCGCCUUUAGCAAACCUGUCUUGGGGCCUAUGACCCAGAAGUUCAUGCAGCCCAUCAUGGCACUUCCUGACGAGGACUUCACGAGCAUAGUGCAAGAGGCACAGGAGUAUGCCAAGCAUCUGAGAAGUACUGGGAGCUCAAGGGCCACCAGUAAUGUCAUGCCUGAUGAGGACAAUGGAUUUGCAGACCUGUUUGCGUUCUGUUAA